AGGCAAUCAAAGCAUGUAAAUUCAGACAAAGAUAGGAAUAUUAAAAUGUACAAAAACAGAAUAAAAGUAACAUACUGAACAGUAAGGGCAAAAAUUCAACAUAAAUACUGUUUAUGAAAUAAAAUAAUGACUUCCAAUCCAAUGGAAUAUGCAACUUAGAAGGUUAAUUUUAAAAAAUGACCAAAUCUGCAUAUUUGACAGACUAUUUACAAUAAAUGACAGUAAAAACUGUGGAAUAGCAGAGAUAUUCAGAAAUCAGCGUUAACGUUAUUUAAAAUAUAUAAAAGCCAGGAAGUGUACAUAUGGUGUUUGUUUUUAUUUAUUUAAUCAUGAACUGUUACAAAUAUAUUGAAAUACCAGUAGUCAAUAAAUUACUGAAGUAAGAGUAAACAAGUAACUGGUAAAAAGGUCCCCUGAGUUCUGAGUAAAGGCCCUGAUUGUGUGACUUAAUAUUUAAAAAUAAAGUAAUCAGACAGACAUGAAUGCAAAUUUAGUUGCAAAUUCUCGUAUUAAAAAUGACUACAAGUAACAUACUUACAAAGUGGUAAUUUUAAGCAGAAGAAGCACUUUUCCAAAUCAGUCCAUCCAUCCAUUUAUCCACUGAAUGUCAAGGUAAACAUUUAACUUGUUAACAGCGCAGCUCUUCAAAAUAAACACAUUUCCGGCCGUGCUUUUAUUGUGUUGGUCUCCUGAGCGGAAGUGGAGUGUAAGCGUUAGAUAAGGAGCUCAGCAUCGACUCCGCUGCCGCUGCUGCGCUUCUCUUCACUGUGUCUGUGCGGAGAUGUUAGACCGUUCCCGGUGAAAAAGCACCGAAGCUCUGCCCCGUGGAAAUGCCUCACCGCCGCAGGCUGUAACCGAGCGGGAUUCGCGGACAGCCGAGCGGGGCAGAGAAGGCCAGGUCUCCGGGACAGGUUGGGAGGAAAACACCGGCAGGAUGUGGCAAGUUUUAGCAUGCGGGGCUGUAGUUUUCCCCGGUCUUUUCUUCGUCUUCAGGAAGAUUCUGCCCGCUGUGUUCAAACACUGGACCGAUGCCGACGUGGUUCUGGUCAGCGAGAGACUGGUGUCCUCCAUCCACGCUGUCAUGGCAACAACAGCGGGGAUCGUCGUCGUUUCCUCAUGCAGCAACAACAUCAUUUAUGACAGGCACUGGCUGGCCACCUAUUUCGUCAUUUGGUACGGCGUCCCCUAUAUGACGUACGACAUCUUCGCCAUGUACCUCAGCCACUACUACCGCUACCACGUCAAGGGCCACGAGGACUACAAGCAGCACUCGCUGAAGACCAUCAACUCCUUCGUCCGGAGAGAGUUUCUGCUGGUGCUGCACCACAUCGCGCUGCUCACCAUCCUGCUGCCUAUCACACUGUUCUUCAGGAAGGACCAGGGGGAUUUCUUCAUCGGCUGCUUGUUCCUGACGGAGCUCAGCACGCCCUUCGUCUCCCUGGGGAAGAUCCUCAUCCAGCUGAGCCUACAGGAGUGCUGGCUGCAUAAGGCCAACGGCGGCAUGGUGCUGCUGACCUUCUUCAUGUGCCGCAUCGCCCUCUUCCCCUUCAUGUACUGGAUGUACGGCCGUCACUACGGCAUCCCGCUGCACGCCGUUCCCUUCCACCUGCCACUCGCCACCAACCUGGGUAACUGCUGCAUCCUGGCGCCGCAGCUCUACUGGUUUGUGCUGCUGGUGAGGAAGGGCUACCGGCUGUACCUGCGGAGCCGCAGGCCGCCGCCCGCCAAGGAGGAUUGAUGCUGCGGCUGCGCUAACUGGACCCGUUACGGUACUGUAGUUCACCAGGACUGCCUGCUCUCUGUCGCUCCUCCUGGGCCUCCAUACUCCAACUCCUCUGUAACAAAGCUGUUGCCUGAAGGACCUCUCACUCUGUCUGAUUUUACUGCACUCUGAAGAAAGGUCACAUUCACCUCACUGGGAGCAGGAGGCGGAGCUUCCUGGAGACUUUCUCUGAUCUUUCACUCCUGCUGUUUGUACAGCUGCUGCUGAUGGAGAGGUUUGUUACGGCGCUAACUGCUAGCCGCUAGUGGUUGGUGGUUAUGUUACAGCUCUGAUGUCACGUCUCCUGGGAGCGCCUCAUCCACAUUUAAAUCUGUUACAAAUCUGCAUUAAUAUUCCAACUACACUGUUUAUUUUGAAACUUUAUUGGGGCGAUUAAACGUUUCUGAAAUUUCAGGGUGGCAGAAGUUUCAAGGGCUUAUUUUUAGGAUCUGAUUUCAUCGUUAAAAUCGGAAACGGAUUGGAUCAUCCAGGAGUUUUUUUUUAUUUACUGCUGUGUGAUUUUUCUAAUGUGAAUUUCCUUUUUCAUUGCAUAAUCUCAGUUUAGGUUACACUGGAGGAGAGCGGGGUUAGAGCAGCUGGGAAGAGGCAGGAUGAUGGCUCAGGGUCUGGUCCAGUAAGGCUAAUGCUAGCUUCUUAGCUGGACUUAUUGUCCAGAAACCCAGUUUAUUAACAAAAAGAAACAAUUCAGCAUGCCACCUUUAUUGGGUCAUCACAAAACUUCAAAAGCCACAUUUACUUAGUUAUUUUUUCCUCACUUUUUCCUUUUCUUUUUUUACAUUUUUUUCUUUUCUCCUUUUUUUAAAUCUUUUCCUCUUUUUUUCCCCCCCAACAGUUUCAUUAAGUCCAGAAAAAUGUAACACUAAAAUAUUCAAACCGGCCAAUCACGUGUACAGAUGGGCUGACCAAUGAGCCGUCAGGGGGCGGGGCUUGCAGUGUGGCUGUAGCAGAGGCUCACUCUGCUCUCAGCUGAACCAUUUAAACAUUCAGACUCUGUUUUUCUGCACCACCUCAGUUCAAAUCAGCUGUUUGAGGUUUUGUUUGAACCGUGUUGGGCCUCAGGCCCGGACAUGUCGCCCUGCUAGCGAGGCUGAUAUCAGGAGGUCAGAGGUCAGCCUCUCAGUGGGAUCCAUCAGUAUAUGUGAACUUCUUUACAAGUGGCUGCCUAAAGCACUUCACAUUAACGACUGUAUAUGAAGAUUUAAAGAUUGAAAUCAUGUUUUAUUUUAGCUUGAAGACAGUUUGCUAACUCAAAGUGAACCUGCUGAACAUGAGGACCAUUCCCUCAUCCUGGUAGAUAUUUAUCUGAAAGAUAAUCAACACUUAUUGAUUAGUUUUAGUUUGUUGUCUAUAUCAUUAAAAUAUCUAUAGAAAAGCUAAUUAUAUUUCACAUCUAGGGUUUGCAGUCAUGAAGACUUUGUGUGUCAGAUGAUUUUAUUGUUUCCUGUAACUUCUCUAUGCAACAGAGGCCUCUGCAGCGCCGCAGUCAGCCGUAACGAAGUCAUCCCUUGACAUAAAGAUCCAACGCUACGUUUCUAACUUCCCCGUCUGGUUGGUCAGAUUUAAAGCUGUAGGGUCAUUAUUGAAAACCGGAUCAGGAUUAAUGCACUAGGCUGCGUUCACACAGCAGGUCUGGAUUCUAAACUCCCAUUUUUAAUGUUUGUGCGGCCAUUCAUGACACUAAUUAAAUACAACCGUAAUCAGAUUUCUGUGUGAGCGGUUUGUGACACCAUAAUGAAGAAGAACGUAGUCGUCUUCCUGCAGCGCUCUGUCUACGGCAGUAAAGAUGGCCGCUGCACUCUGGAUGGGUUUUAAAGUUAUUCAGAGCUGACAAUAUGGCCACCAGAUCAGAACCAGAUCACAUCAGCUGAUAAACAGAAAGCCCAGCUCACAGCAACGGCCUUUAGUGGAGCAUUGACUGCGGCUUCUGACCCGGUUCUGUUUGGACGUGGAGUCAGACCAGGAGUGGUGGCGUUGGGCUGUGAUGCGUUCACUGACUCAGACUGAUUUCAUCACUUCAUUAUUGUUAUUAUCAUUUUCAGCUGUUGUUUACGUCCAGAUUUGCUGCCUGGAUUCUUCUGGUCAAGUAAAUUUCUGAUAAAAUGCGACACGACCGUUCAAACUGCAGACGUUUUGAAAACUACCGGAUUCAAUUUAGUUUCACGUCUGGAAGUGGAGCGGAUCUGAACGGGGCCGUUCAGGCUGCUGUGGAAAAAGUCCGAUUUGGGUCGUAGUCACCUGCUGUGUGAACGUAUGAGACACUACGGAUAACAAGGUGGGGAAGGUUCUGGUUUAGUGUCGGCUCUUCCGGUUCUGGACCAGUGAAGGUCGAACCACUUCCUCUGGAUUAGUGGGGGGAAUCGGUCCGGAUGGAUGAGGUGAGGCCUGUUGCUCCGAUCUGUUAACAGUCGGCUUCCUGGACCCAGCCUUGGGGGUGGAGUAGAGCGUCUCCUUGCUGGGAACUCUUUGCUCUCUUAGGAUGUCUUUCCACCUGAUAGUCCAGUAGAUUCAGUUCUGUUGGAACCAAAACUUCACCAUCUGAUCCAUCUCCAGCUGCUGUGGUUCUCUGGUUCUUGGUUGGUCGCUUGGAGACUGCAGCUAGCUUAAAGCUGCUGCUGGAAGUUCCAACCUUCAUCCAUAGUCAGCUGAUUUCUGGGCCGGUCUUUGCCUGGUGCAGAACCGUGAAGCAGGCCUAACCAGAUCUGACUCCAUCUUCAGUGAUUAUCCAGCAUUUCUAACACUGGCCUCAGUGAUAUAAGCUAGCAGAGCAAGCUACGUUAUAGCAGAGCAUUGGACUAAGUUGAGUCAGGAAGUGCUUUGCUGUUGUCUGAAUUACUGAUGGGAUCAAUCAAAGUUCUGAUCGCUUCGUGGUUUUAUUUCCUCCACCCACAAGCUAACAGAACUUGGACACUUCAGUGUUUCAGGUCAUCAAACCAGGUUUUAUAUCAGACAAAGAGAAACGGAGUAAAAACAACCAAUUCAUUAGGACCUGUCUGACAGCUUGAAGUAGGCGAAUCACUUCCAAUCUGAAGAAAUUUGAGAUACAGACUAUAAAUAAACAUCCAGCAGUCUGGAAAGAGUUACAGAACCAUCUAGAAGGUUCUGAGUUUCCAGAGAACCUCAGUAGAACCGGGAUCCACACAUGGAGAACCUUCCCAGGAAAGGCUAAGGUACCAAAAUGGCUCCAGGAAAACAUCAAGGACUCAUCCAGGAGGUCCAAAAGAACCCACAACAAAAGUUUUAUGACACAUUGGCUGGAACCAUAGCUUCUCCCUCAGUUAAGGUCAGAGGUCACAACUGCACAAUAAGAAAGAGAAACUGGGCAAAAAUGGCUUCCAUGGGAGCGAUCUAACCACUGCUGAUCCAAAACAGCACAAAGACUAAUCCUGAUGUGAUAUUUCUGGAAGGUUUUGGUUUCGUUACGUCUGGAUUAAAACCUCAGCCUUUCCGAACCAUCCCUACAUUCAAACACGGUGGUGGGGGCAUCAUGAUGUGGGACUGCUUCGCUGCUGCAGGACUUGGUGGAUGGAAUCAUGAGUUCUGCUGUUUGUCCGACCGUCAGUCAGGUUGUGAUCUUAAACUCUGUAACGUCUCAAAAACCAAAACGAUGGUUUUGGAGUGGCCUAGUCAAAGUCCAGACAUGGCGUAACACUUUAGCACGCCCUCAAACAGAUUAAUCCAGCUAGAAAACCCUCCAGUGUCUGAAUUAAAUGAAUUCAGUAAAGCAGUGAGGGUCAAAGAGACUCGAGAACACCUGGUGGAACCAGCAGUUUGGAGGUUUGGGGUGUGGAUACUGUCCCCAGCGGACCGGUCGGGUUUCCUUUGUCUCACAUUAUGUCUGGUCUGGUGAUCUGAAUCGUUAGAGUCUCUUUAAUGUGCUAAAGCGUUCCUCCAGAUCAUUCCCUUCUUCUCAUUCGCUGGAGCCAGUCAGGUUAGAGUCCUCUGCUGCCCCCUGGUGGCGGGACUCAUCCCUCCAGCCGCAUGUUUUCCUCCAUCCAGCUUCCAUAAAACGUGCGGAAGAACAGGAAUAUGUUGCUGCUUCAUUAAUACAUAUUCUGAGGUUUUAAUAAACCAGAUACCUCAAACAUUAAUUAUUCCUUGUUUUGCUUUUAAGGUGAAUCUUAUCUGUUCUGAGAGCAGAAACCAGAACUUAAAGAAGUUAAUCAACCCAUAAAAAAAUCUGAGCCUCACAUCUUAAAUCGAAUACAUGUAGCAUUUUUAUUUUAAAGCAUUUUAAUUUGUUUUUACUGUUAAUGUAUUUGUGAACAUAUUAAGCAUAUCUUUAUUUGUAUGGCAAGUCAUUAGUAUCAAAAGUAAAUCAUAAAUAACAGGAUAGAGCAUUUUAACCAAUUCAACUCACCUUACCAGCUAUUUUUAAAACACAAAGCAUUAUUAAUCUUUAACAGGAAUGUGUUUAUUUCUUAUUUAGUACACUACUGAAGUUUUCAGUUUUGUUUUAUAACUUGAACUUAUGUUUUAGUGAUUCUAAACUUGUAGUGAUCGAUUAAAAUACCCUAAAAUCCAGGAGGAAAGCGCUAAAAAAACCCUUCUUGUUAAUAAAAUAUGCAGAAAGCCCCAUUAGGUCACUGUUGCUAAAUAAACCCCCACCCCCCCCAAAAACAAAGUUUGAUUUGAACAGGGGUGUCCAAACCUUUUGUCACUGGAAUCUAAAGUACUCACAGGCCAAAAAUAAAAAUAAGUAAAUAGAUUUUGUUUUUUUCGGUUUGUGGGAAAGGGAUUUUAUUCAAUAUAUAGGCAAAAACUUUAAAAGGAUUUUAUUAUAAGAAAGGAAUCUGGUUUCCAAAUUAUUUUUGGCUCAAUUGAAGCCAAAAAUAAUUUAUUCUCAGUUAUAAAAGCAGAAUUUGGGUCACUUUAUUUCAAAAAUGAUUAUGUUUAGCCUAAUUUAAUAAAUUAAAUAACAGCUGGUUUAGGUGCAGGAAAUUUUCUGGAUAAAUGUUGUUCUACUCUUGAUAAAAACCUGGAAAUUAAAAGACAAAUAUUUUGCAUUGUACUGAACAUUUUCCAUUGUUAAAAUAGUAUGUCCGUAUUAAUUUUACCUUGGUUAAACAUAUAACAAUGGACACCCCCAAUGCAUUAACAUGCAGAUUAUUUUUAUACCAACGGCUUGCCAUAUAUCCAGCUCAUCAAAAGCUUUCAGUAAUAAUCCAGAACUUUUUUAGAUCCAUAAAUUACAGUCCUAAGUAAACCAAAGAGUCCCGUUACAGCGAGAAUAUAAAGACAGAUUUUUACUUUCAGUAAACUGAACUGACCUUCAGUCUGUUUAACUUUAUUUUUAGCAUCUAGCCGUAAAAAUACAGACUUCUAUUAAAGUUUUAUAUUAUAAAUUCUAUUUUUCAUUUUGGAAAAUGGAGUUAGGCUGCAAAAACAAUUCACCAGGAUCUUCUAAAUAUUAGUGGACGUAGUUUAGACUUGCAGGACCACUUUAUUAGGUACACCUGUUUUACUGCUUCCCAACACAAAGCUGCUGAUCUACUGGGAUUUUCACCUACAGCCCUUUAUCCUGUUGGUUUAUCAGCUGACUUCUACCAUAAAAGAAGACUUCUUUAGAAAACACAAAUGUGAAUUUGAUUUAUUCAACUUGUUUAAAAGACAGCGAUCCAAAUUCAGUUUUUAUGUCUGACAAUAGGCUGAACGUUUCUCUAACUGCAUAUUUUGAUUUUCAGAAUGUGAAAAGGUCUUAAGUUUUUUAUCUACAAAUAUUUAAGCUUCCCCUUUCUGUUUUCAAAAAAACAUAAAAUGAACUGACUUUUGUUUUCUCAUUUAAUCAAAACAAAACACUGUAGUUUUUUGUGGUUUUAGAAUUUUGUUUUGACUUAACAAUUUUGUAAAUAAGUUUGGAGACUCCUGUCCGACUGAAUCUGUGUACCACAGCAUGUAGGAGGUUCUGAUGGGGGGGGCGGUACCUAAUAAAGUGGCCAUUUAUGCCUCUGUUUCUACUUAGCGGUAGAAACUGAUGAUGUUUUGUCAGUUUUGUCCCCAAAAAUCUACCCAUAGCGUGUCGUUCCUGACCCGCCUUCGGUUGUAGGUCAAUAGGUCAACAGUCCGGUCCGGUUAGGGCGCAGUACUUCGAUCAGUGGUCAGAAAAACAUUGCAGAUUUGUCAUCGUACUAAGAAGAAACUGAGCACAACUUCCUUCUUCACCAAAUGAAAACAGUGGAUUUUAAUUCAUACAUUCCUAAUUAGCCAACAUAAUUAGCGCAUGCUAAUUUUCAGAACUGCUGAGUCAUUUCACGCUCAAAGCUGGCAUGUCGAUUAGCUAGGUGAGACUUCCUUGCUAAUGGUUUAACAAAUUUAACAAAAGUUUGUUUCUGACAUACAGUAACAAUAAAAAUGAUUUAUUAACUUCAGUGUGUCUGAAUAAACUUUAGAGCCACUAAUCAACAGAAUAUAAUGACGUUAACGGCCCCAAGCUACAUAUUUAUGACCAAAAUCUCAAAACAGUUGACCCACUUUACAAUAAUGCUUAAUGCUCAGUAAAUAGCCAGGAUACAUUUAUAAAUCACCAAUAAGAAGCUUUAAGACUAUUUCUACUAAUUCAGACAGAACUAUUUUUAAACUAAAUUACUUUGAAAAGUAAUUUAUUAUUUAUUAGACUUUAAUAAUGGUACUCCUGUCUUGAAAGCAGUGAAAUUUAAUAAACUAAAUUUUUUGCUGUUCCGUUGAGCUGUAAGUUGCUCCGCGCCUUCAAAUGAAAAGAAUUAGUAAGGUACGACUGGAGCGGGUUUAAAUUCUGUGAUUUUUUUACUAAAUUAAACCAGAAAACAUUAAAUUUAAGUCCAGGAAAUUGUUUACUUUUUCAUUUUCUAAAAGGAUAAAAAUCAAGAGUCGAUGUGGUUUCUUUGGCCUUCAGACCAGGAUGCCAAACGAACCGUUUUUAAUUGUUUUUUUACUUUUAAGAAAAUCAAUUGAGUAUCCAGAAACCAGGCGGUCAUUUUCCUCAAUGAAGAACCAGAAGCUAUAAAGAUAUAAAACCAGACGUUAGGAUGAUGUUUUGUUUGCCAUAAAAUAAUAAAAACUGAUUUGAAAACUUGAAUUAACCCUGUUUUUAUGCCGUUCUGCAUGAGGUUGUGGGUCAUUUGCACUACAAUGUUGUCACAGGGAACAGAGAGAGGACGCUGUGCUGGUCAGAACAUUUCAGCCUAAAACUAACAGACAAAACAUGCAGCUAAUUUAGAUUAACGCUAGGGGGCAGCAAAUCACAUGCUGGGCCACCAGCUGCAGCAUCUCAUCUGGUUUUUAGUAGAACAAGAACGUUUUUAGUAAAAUUUAUGCGUAAAAACAUUAAGUUUUGUAGUAAAAUCCUGCUAACACAUGUAUGUUAUAGAAAAGGAGUUAAAACCUACAGGGUUUUAGUAUAAAACAUGCAGGUUUUAUGUGUACUGCAGCUUGGAUCCAGUAAUUUAUUAUAAUUGAGUUUUUUAGUAAUUUGAUCAGAGCCGGGCUGGAAGGGGCCUUUCAGAGUUUGGAUGGGGCCAACAUCUCGCAUGUCACCACUAGGGGUCAGCACUGACUCUGCUUGCUGGUUUUGCUCUUAUUUUUAAAAUUCAAUCAGCUCCACAUAGAGGACCUUGGAGACGAGGUUUAUUCCUCACUUAUUUAUCAGAUAUUUAGAUUUUCAACACAAAUUCACCCACAUUAAAGUGUUUUAGGUUAAUUAAUGUGGACUAUUUGAGGCAUUUAUACAGAUUCAGAGCAUGAAAACAUGGAACCCAUCGCUUUAUGACAGCUGCCAUAUUUAUUAAGCUAAAUCAUGUUCCUCACCUGUUGCUUUUAUGACAGUUUUUACAUUUAUCAGAGUGUUUAAAUCUGAAGUUUGAGUUGGAGCGGCUGACGGUUUCUCCGUCAACCUUGACCGGAUCGUCCGGUCAGAACUUUCCCAUUCCUCAGAAAAAUCCUUCAUGUGGCUCAAUAAAAAAUAAAUAUCAGAGUGAAGCUUUUCCUGGGGCUGAAUUUGAUCUGUUGACUGAACCGAACUUGGUCUCCGGUGCCUUGUGAAAUAUUUGAUAUUUAUAUCUACAAAACAGAGUUUAAAGAGCUAAGUUGGCAGGCCGUGUUUACAGGUUGUGGCUGUGUUUAUAAUAUUCUUUAUUUUAAAUUAAAGUUUGCAGAAAUGAGGCUCAUUAAAGUCAACUUUAGUUUUUAACUCAUAAAUAUCUGAUGUAAUGAGGUGAAAAUCUUUAUUUUCUAGUUUUGCAACUUCUAACUGGUCGUUCAGAUAAUUUCUUUCUAUUGCUCGAGGUUUAAAUUUUGGUUUCAUUUGCUGUGUCUGUUGUUUAGUACAGAGGUGUCCAAAGUGUGGCUGGUGGGCCGUUUGUGGCCCUCAGAAUCAGUUUGUUCGGUCCAAAAUUCAAAACUGGUGAAUUUUUUUAUUUAUUUUUUUUAGAAAAGAUUUUAGAUUUUAACCGAAGGAGGUAAAACACAAACCAACCAUGCUUUUUGCUUUUAUUUAAAUCUCAAACGUCCAGUGAAUUUUACUGAAAAAAAUCUGGAAAAGACAAUAAAGCAGAAAAUAAAAAUACGUAAAAUAAAACUGGAAUGAGGCUGUUCUGUUUGUUCACAACCUGACCUAACAUAUAGUUCAGUUUGAGUUUUUGUCAUUUAAAUUUGGUCAGGAUUGGCCCUGGAGUUCAUCAGGGCGGACAGUUUGGACCCCUCUGCGUUAGUGUUUUGACGUUUGGAGUUCAGGCGUGACUCUGCUGUCCAUAUCACUCCGUUUUCCUGACCGAUUUGAACGCAGCGCCCUCACAACCUUCAACACUUCCUGCCCCACUUAUUUUUGAUAACACUCAAAUUUUGCCAUACAUAUACAGAAUCUAUCUCAGACUUAACGCAUCUGUUCCGGUUUUUUUGUAGCGUGACUUUUUUCGGGGAAACUUUUCCUACCUGAAAUGUGACUCAGCUGUUUUCUGAGACGAAGCGGAGUUAUGUGCUGUAGCUUGUGAAAUGAGAGCACCCCUUUAAAAUCCAAUAAAUUUGAUUUGAUAGAC